AUGUACUAUUUAAAGCUUUUUUUAAAGCUAUUUGCAUUAAUUUUUUUGAGUUAUGAUUUUAUUGUUUUAAAAAAUGAAGCCAUUGUAGAGAAAGGAAAUUUUUUUAGAAAAAGCUAUGAUGCUUUAUUUGUGCAAAGGGAUAUAUUACCUUCAUAUAUAAACCAAGAUAAUCAAAUAUCUAUUUAUUUUUGUAGAUCAUGACAAUCUCAAUAUGUUUUAAGUAGAAUAAAAAAAUAUUUUGAUAUAUUAAAUGGGGAAGACACUAAAAUUUACUUUGAAGAAGAACAUCAAAUAUAUAAUAGUGAUAAUAAUAGUGAUGAUAAUAGUGAUGAUAAUCGUGAUGAUAAUAGUGAUGAUAAUCGUGAUAAUAAUAGUGAUAAUAGUAGUGAUAGGAGGAAAUACGUUUUAUUCUUAAUGAGCAUUAGACCAGCACUUAUUUAUAAAUUAUUAUGUUAUUUUAUUUUAAUGAUUUAUAUUUUAAUUUCAUUAGUUGUAAUAUUUCCUAGACAUAUGGAAAGUCUUAUACCAGUAUUUAUAGUAAAUGAUGAAAAAUUUAAAAAUAUUUUUGAGAAUAUGAGGAAAAAAAAAUUAGCUGUAUUUGCUAUUAUGUUUCUUUCAUAUAAUGUUAUAUAUGGAUUAUUGUGUAAUACAAAUAUAAUUCAUAUAUAUCAAAAUGGAAGACUAAUUUACAACGAUUAUUAUGUAGAUAAUUUGUUUAUAAAAAGUUUGGAAAAUAAUUUAAUAAAUAUAAAAAAAUAA